UUUCAAUUGAGAAAAUUAUCACUCAAUUUGUGAUCCAUCAGCAAAAUGUUCCUCUUCACUUUGGUGCUCGUGGUGCUGUUUCUACCGGAAGCUGACACCCUGAAAUGUAAAUGUGUACCUGGCCCCUACAUGAUAUGCUCUGCAGAAACAACUGAAUGUCCCUCACAGAACUAUAGUUGUUUAGUAGCAACAAAAGUCUAUUUUUCAGAUGGUGCAAAGAUUGAGCGCAACUCCAAAGGUUGCAUUAUAUCUGAACUGUGUAUUAGCUACUCUGUCAACUUUGGAGCUGAAAGAAUUGUACAAAACACCAAGUGCUGCAGUGAAGAUCUCUGCAACGCCCAGAUUAACUACACAAAACCUGAGUACAAUUCCACUACAAAUGGAAAAAAGUGCUUCAGCUGUGACGGAGAAAACUGCAUGAAAACCCUUAACUGUGCAGGGGAUGAAAACUACUGCAUUAAAGUAACAGAAAAUGUAGCUGGAGUAAGUCUGACGCUGAAGGGAUGUGCCUCUGAGUCGGUGUGCUCAGAUAGGGCAGCUUCACUGGUGAAUCAGAUCACUGGAUCAAAUAUUAGCUGCUGCCAGAGUGACUACUGCAACGGCGCCAGCAACACCAGCAGCACCAGCAGCACCAGCAGCACCAGCAGCACUUUUUAAUCACAAUUCAUUUUCUAAACCUGUUCUUUUUAUUUGAUUCUAUAGCUUGGUUAGCUAAGCAACAUUUUAUAAUCAACAACAUCCUCUAUACUUUGUUGUUCUAUACUAAAAUAAUCUUCCUCAAUAAACACAAUUUUUUUU